GUCUUUUUUUCUUCUUCUUCAUGAUGACUACUACACGCAUGUCAAACUACUUAUCUACUAAACUCUAUCAAUAUGAACUCCAAACAGCUCUUUAUAUGUUGGAACCUUGGGAAAAGGCUUUGUUUAAUACGAUUGUCUUGAGCAUAGUCUCUCUUUCUGCUAUUACCAUGUACCAAUAUACACCUGUCUUAUUCAAACUACUUCAUUAAAUAACUAUGCAUUCAUUCAUCAUGACUAAUAAUAAACAAAAGAGGGCUUCUAUUGUUAAUCUCACUAU